AUGGCGAGGCUCAUUCUUGUUUACGCCGUUCUCUCUUUCUGGGUGGCUCUGGCAGUUGCCCAGUAUGAUUACAACAACCUUCUGAAGGGUUGUUACCAGGGACAGUCUGAUGACUUUACUGUUGGAGGGCUUGCCAGUACUCAGCCACAACGCGAGAGGUGCGCCCUCGUAUGUUCCCAGCGAGGCAAUAACUUUGUUGCAUUUGGCAUCUACAAUUGCUUUUGCGCCAAAAGUGAACCAGCUGGAACAAACAAAGUCGACAUCAGUCGCUGUAAAGCGCAAGGUCUAGAUGGAUGGAACGCGCCCAAGCUUAGGAAGGUUAACCGCAUCGAAGAUGUCUUUGUUGUUUUCAACAUCGAUCCCAAAAGACAAAGCGACGACCUGGAGAGUACGCCUCAAGAUGAAGUGAAACCGUCGCAAUCAGGAUCGCCUGCUGCGCUUUCCCAUUCAGCUGGCCGUAGCAGACCUCUCGGGUGUUAUCCAGGCUUGCCACUUGAUGUUGAUCUUAACACGAUCACGAUCACUGAAAAAGAUCGUCGUCAGUGUGCUAAAGCAUGCGGCGAAAAGGGCAAAGCUGCUGUUGUCUUCAGUGGUCUCAAAUGCGGCUGCACCGACAAUCCCCCAAAGGCUUCCACUAGGGUCGAAGACAUCCGGUGCGCCCUUCAAUCUACAAAUGAACUCUACCGCACCGACCUUGUCUACAGUGUAUGGAGCAGCGGAUUUGGGGUCAACUUGGAAGGCUACAUACCCAAGGUGAAAGACUAUCCGUAUAAGCCUAGCGAGGUCUCUACCGAUCGAUCUGAACUAAUUCAUGUUUCCGGACCGGGCUGCUACAGAAGCCCACCAACACCAAAGAACCGCAGAUACAAGAAUCUCGAAUCAAACUGCCCUGAAACCUGUCGUCGUUUUUGCAAAGAAUACAAAAAGAGAUAUAUGUUUCUGCAACAAUCGGAUUGCUGGUGCUCGGAUGAACCUCCAAGUGAAAUGGAGGAACUCAACCGUGAUCGUUGCGACAUCAGAUGUUAUGCCGACCAGCUGUCCAUGUGUGGAGGCGAAUACAGCUACAGCGUUUAUGAUCUCGGAACCCAGACGAGACCUGCUUCCUUGUCUGAGAAAUCAACCGGGCAAUGCUUCUCUAGUCGUGCCCUGACUUCAAGACAAGUCAUGGGCAUUAGCAAUCAAGAAGAUUUCCUCGAGGCGUGCAUUAACCGCUGCAAGGACAUUGGUGAACCCCUUGCGUUGGUACAUGAUUCUAAAUGUUGGUGCGCCACAACGUAUCCUCAUGAUCUGUACUCUUCUAGUCCAGAGUCUUGCAAUCUCCCAUGCCAGGGAGAUAACGAGAACCACUGUGGUGGUACGCAAGACCAAAAGCUGUAUUACUCUCUAUAUACCACGAGCGUCAGAGACGGUGUUCAGAAGGACCCUCGUGGGAGGCCUUUCGAUUUUCCAAAGCGUCAUGAGACAACGUGGCAUGGAUGCUGGAGGGAACCGCCACGUACUGAGCACCACUCACACAGUAGCCAUACCAAUACAGUUACGAGCUGUGCUAGCUACUGCCGGAGGUACAGAUCAACUGUUGCUGCUGUGCGCCAGAAUAGUUGCGUUUGCGCUACAUCCUAUCCAGAGCACAGUCAAAGACGUCCCGACUCCAUGUGCAAAUCUUCAUGUCCUGGAUACCCAUACGACGACUGCGGCGGGCCUCAAGCCUGGACUGUUGUCAAUACUGGAUUGAUCAAUCAUGUUCCAUACGACAAGCCCAGGCGUAAGGAAGCUGGUAACGAUAACACCUUGAAUACGGGCUCGAAGAAGGCAUUGCGCUUGGGCUGCUACGACACGAGGUCCGACACCUGGGGAGCCGUUCAGGCAUAUAUUGGCAACGCUGGACCCGAAGUCUGCGCUUCCAGGUGUAGAAAUAUGAAGUUUCCGGUUUCCGCAAUGCAGGGCAAAACGUGCUCAUGCGGGGUCAAGAUUCCCCGGCGAGAUAGUAGAGUCAAUGGGUUCCAUUGCAAUCUUUCUUGCCGAGAUGAAGGGUCUUGUGGUGGUGUCAGUACUUGGAGCAUCUUCAACUCGGGAUUGCAAGCCAGUGUCCAGACAGAUGCAAACACAAAGCCAGCCCACGGCUGUUUCAAGUUCACCCGCCCCAUAUCUACCCGCCUAAUUCCCCAGGUCCGUUACGUGGACAUCUUUAGUCCGAAUCAAAGCCGGAAUAGAGGUUCCUGCACUGCCCGUUGCGCUGAAGAGGGCUAUCCUGUGGCUCUGCGACAUGGUACAAAAUGUUUCUGCUCCCCUGGACUCCCGCAAGAGAGGGUACGUGUCGAAGACCAGCUCUGUUCGUAUCAGUGUCGUGGAGACAAACUCGAAGCGUGUGGUGGUCCCUCUUACGCGUACACCGUUUACAAGACCGAUGCCUACAUGCCUGAUCUCCAGAAUGAAGAGAAGUUAAAGUCAAAGUUGAAGCCCGAGGGGAAGAAGCCGAAGGAGGAGAUCCAGAACCCUUCGCCAGACGGUAGACAUCAGUGUCUGCAUCCCGCUUUGGAGAAAGCCAAUGAGGUCUUCAACGUGGUUUCAGAGAAACUCACUGCUGUCACCCUAAAGAUUCAAGUCUGGUUCUUUUGGAUACGCGAUAAGGCACAGCAUAUCUUUGAUACCUGUCUCUGGAAUGUGAUGGUCUUUUUCUCCAAUAUUUUAUAUCGUUUGGGAUUCUUAUCUGCUGAGGGUGCGGUUGAACUUUAG